AUGCCGUUUGGUUUAAAGAAUGCCGGAGCUACUUAUCAAAGGACUAUGACUACUUUGUUUCAUGACAUGAUCCACAAGGAGAUGGAGGUCUACGUGGAUGACAUUAUAAUCAAAUCCAAGAAAGUCGAGGACCAUUUGAUGGAUUUAAGGAAGUUGUUUGAAAGGUUGCGAAAGUACAAUUUGAAGUUAAAUCCUGCAAAGUGCGCCUUUGGAGCACCAGCUGGUAAAUUGUUAGGUUUCAUUGUCAGCAAGAAGGGCAUAGAGAUAGACCCGGUAAAGAUCAAGGCAAUUCGAGACAUGCCAGUGCCGAAAACGCAGAAAGAUGUGAAAAGCUUUUUGGGGAAGAUUAACUUCAUUGGAAGAUUCAUUGCCCAAUUAACCGCGACGUGUGAGCCACUAUUCAAGUUGUUAAAAAAGAAUGUGCCGUUGCAUUGGAAUGAGGAAUGCCAACAAGCUUUUGACAAGAUUAAAGAUUAUUUGCUGCAGCCUCCGGUCCUAGUGCCACCCAAACUGGGCCGGCCUUUGAUCAUGUACUUAUCUGUGCUCGACGGAGCGGUAGGGUGUGUUCUAGGUCAGCACGAUGACUCGGGAAGGAAAGAGCAAGCCAUCUACUAUCUUAGCAAGAAAUUCACGCAGUAUGAGGCUAAUUAUUCAUUUAUCGAGAAAAGCUGCUGUGCUUUGGCCUGGGCAGCUCAAAAGUUAAGGCACUACCUGCUAAGUCAUACUACCUACCUCAUUUCCCGCUCCGAUCCUUUGAAAUACCUCUUGGAGAAGCCGAUGCCAACUGGGCGUCUAGCCAAAUGGCAGAUGAUUCUUUCGGAGUUUGACAUUGUUUUCACUUCGCAAAAGGCCAUCAAGGGGCAAGCUAUAGCCGACCAUUUGGCAGAAAAUCAAAAGGACGAUGAUUAUCAACCGCUCCAUACCUAUUUCCCUGAUGAAAAGGCUUUAUUUGUUGAUGCCGUAGAAGAUAUGAGCGAGCAGUGCCCGGAAUGGAGAUUGUUUUUCGAUGGUGCAGCUAAUUCUUUUGGAGUCGGAAUAGGAGCAGUCCUUGUAUCCCUGGAGGGGAGGCAUUACCCUGGAGCCGCUAAGUUGCAAUUUGCUUGCACGAACAACAUGGCCGAGUAUGAAGCAUGUAUUUUUGGUCUUAAAAUGGCUUUGGAAAUGGAGGUUAAGGAGUUAAUAACUUUUAGUGAUUCAGAUUUACUUGUGCACCAAACGUUGAAGCAGUGGGUAAUCAAAGAUUCAAAAAUCCUGCCAUACCAUUGUAAUUUGCUCAAUUUGGCUAAACAAUUUCAAAGUUUGGAAUUCAGACAUCUCCCACGAGCUCGAAAUGCAUUUGCAGAUGCCUUGGCCACUUUAUCUUCCAUGAUACAAUAUCCGGACGAAUUGGGAAUCGAGCCUAUCCGGAUUCAACUCCAAGACAAGCCUGCUCAUUGUUGGGUCAUAGACAAGACAUCUGGCAAAAGUCCUUGGUACAAUGAUAUUAAGGAAUUCAUCAAAACCGGAUCUUACCCUCCGGAAGCUAGUACAAAUGACAAGGGUUUGCUGCGCAGAAUGGCCUCGAAGUUUUUCUUAAAUGGAGAGGUAUUAUACAAAAGGACCUCAGAUUUGAACCUCUUAAGGUGCGUCGAUGAAAAUGAAGCUCAAUACAUGAUGAAGGAGGUGCAUAGCGGCGUCUGCGGACCCCACAUGAAUGGACAUUUGUUGGCGAAGAAAAUCAUGAGAACCGGGUAUUUUUGGCUUACAAUGGAACACGAUUGCAUAGAUUUUGUCCGGAGAUGUAUUAAAUGUCAAAUGCAUGGCGACGUCAUACGCGCUCCUCCUACCGAGUUACAUAGCAUGAUUGCUCCAUGGCCCUGCUCAAUAUGGGGUAUGGAUGUGAUUGGCACAAUUGACCCUCCUGCUUCAAAUGGGCAUCGAUUUAUAUUGGUGGCAAUUGAGUACUUCACCAAAUGGGUCGAAGCGGAAUCAUUCAAGCAUGUGACAAAGAAGGUGGUGGCGAAUUUCUUAAGAGAUCACAUCAUAUGCAGAUUUGGGGUGCCGGAAACAUUGAUUACAGACAAUGCCAAGAAUCUCAACAAUGAUAUGGUGGACGGGCUAUGCGAACAGUUCAAAGUCAGACAUCGCAACUCUGCCAUCUAUAGACCGCAGAUGAAUGGAGCUCAUCGUGACUGGCAUGACAAGCUCCCUUACGCACUAAUGGCGUAUCGGACUUCUAUCCGAACAUCAACUGGGGCAACACCCUACUCGCUCAUGUAUGGAAUGGAAGCAGUGCUGCCUGUCGAGGUCGAUAUCCCUUCAUUGCGUAUUCUAAUGGAGACCAAGUUGGAGGAGGCUGAUUGGAUAAAGCAGCGUUAUGAACAACUCUCUUUGAUUGAUGAAAGACGGCUUAAUGCCAUUUGUCACGGCCAAUGUUACCAAAAGCGCAUGGCCCGGGCCUACAACAAGAAGGUCCAUUUGCGUACAUUUGAGGAAGGCGACAAAGUGCUGAAGCGAAUUUUGCCGGUGCAAGAUGAGGCCAAAGGCAAGUUCGCUCCAAAUUGGCAAGGGCCAUUCAUUGUUCAAAAGGCAUGA